AUGGUGAUCAACUACAGCAAGUGGGAUAACCUGGAGCUCUCCGACGACAGCGAUAUCGAAGUACACCCCAACGUUGACAAAAAGUCCUUCAUUCGCGCGAAACAAGCACAGAUCCACCAGGAACGUGACCAUCGCCGUCACCAAAUACGCACCCUCAAGUACGAGCGCAUCAUCAACGAUGGCCUUACCGAACGCGUCGAUCGCCUCCUCACCGCGCUGAAGUCGCACAAGGAUAAGCAAGCGGAGGGAAAUGGCGCAAACGAUGACCAGCUCGUCUUCCAGGCCAUGAUGGAGAGUAUGAUGGAUAUGAAGAUUGAUAAGGAUGGAGGUGCAGAUCGGCCGCCGCCACCACCAGAAGGCGUGCAUGAGCAUAUCAAGGACAAGCCUACAUACCCGCAGAUGAUGGCGAGUCUAGUAGACGCGGUCAAGAAGGAUAUUGACGAGCAGAAGAGCGACGAGCCACGGUAUACAUUGUUCAUACAAGGGCUGGAGAAGGAGAAGGCGCGUAUACAAGAUCUCCAAAGCCAACUACUGGCAAAGCUGGACGAGCUGGAGAAGGAGGACAAGAAGCACAUCACGAGCGACGACAUCCAUGAUGGCUUCAGCUACUCCAGCGUCAAGAAAGCCGAGGAAGAGAAGAAGAAGUCCGCCGCAUCGUCUUCAACAGGAGCGAAAAAGGAGCCCACAGUCGAACUCCUCAACAACCCGCAACGGCCUGCAGCCACCCGAACAGAUACAGGGCAAUCAUCGGGAGCAGAUGGCGACAUUGAAGAAGGAAGCAUCGUUGAGGCCUCCCCAGACGACGACGAUGACGAUAUCACCGCCUCACCUCUUGCGCAGCAGUUUGCAAAGAUAAAAGUAGGGGACUGGUACGCAUGCCUACAAUUCCUCAUGGCACACCCAGAGAUCCUAGCAGAAAAAGAGACCGACGGCCUUCUCGUCGAAGCCUUCAACUCGGAACUUGACGGCAAGCCCAAACACGCCAGACAAUGCGUACACCAAGGUCUCCUACUGCAAUACUGCCGUCAACUCGGAGGCCGGCAAGGCGUAGAGCUAUUCUUCAAGCGCAUACAAACAAAGGACCACCAAGCCGGCAAAAUGUUCAACGACGACGUCGACUCGACAUACCACCGCAUCAAGACACGCGCCGCUGAGAUCCUGAAAGAACGCGCUGAGAACCCACAAUCGGAAGGCGCAGGCGUAGAGCAAAUCCAACUCCACGCCGUAGACCCCAACACGCAAAUCAACAUUUCCGUUCCGCCCAAAGAAUCUGUAGCUACCGAUCCCCAGGAGAAAGAGGCAGAAGAGCAGGCGAGGCAAAUCUUCGAGAGCUUCCCACCGGGACUGCAGCGAGCGCUUGAGAGCGGAAAACUAGACGAGGUGAACAAGGUUCUGGCGAAGAUGAGUGUGGAUGAGGCGGAGGAGGUGGUGGAGAAGCUGGGUCAGGGCGGCAUGUUGAGUCUAGAGGAGGGUGUUAUUGACGCGACGACUGAGGAAGGUCAGCAGAUUAUGGGCGAGAUUGAGAAGAACAGGAAGAUGCCGGGACAGGCGUAA